GUGGGUUCGAGUCCCACCGGGUAUGCUGUAAGGGUUAUUAUAUUCUGCCUUCUUUUCUGCUACUUCUUGCUCGGUAGCGCAUUUUCUGCCCCCUGUUUCGUCUCCCUCCUCUUUUUCUAUUUCGCUCUUGCUCUGCAGCGCAUUCUCUGCCUCUGCCCUCUGUCUCUUCUCCCGCAUCGGGCUCCUCUUCUUCAGUUCUUCUACUUCGCUCUGAUACUCAGUUUGUGAGGUACGAAAGUGUAAAAUCUGCAAACAAUAGUUACUUUCAAUCGCUAAACUGAUAAGACCUUUGGAGAGCUAAGCCACCAUUUUCAGUCUACAAUGGAAUACUUUGAUUUCGAGGAAAGAGAUUUCAUGUCGUGUUGCGGUAGCACCAUAUUCGCCAAGGAAAUGAUCUUGCGCUCUCCGUUUUCUAGUUUCGAGGAAGCUCUCUCUGCCGCCAAAGACAUCUGGUUCAACAAGGUAAAUGUCAAUGGUUGGCUCGAGGCCUUUGCGGCUCACCCUCAGAUUGGAGAAUCCCCAGCCCCUAUAAGCCAGAACGAUGCCAGUGCUCAGUGGAGCAAAGGAGAGCAAUCAGCUGCUUUAGCAACUGCCACUAGUUCUACCUUACAGGAAUUAUCUGACUGGAAUGCUCGAUAUAGGCAAAAAUUUGGAUUUGUUUUUCUUAUAUGUGCAUCUGGGAGGAGCACACCUGAAAUACUUUCUGAAUUGAAGAAGCGUUACCUAAACAGGCCCAUUGUUGAAUUUGAGCUUGCCGCACAUGAGCAAAUGAGUGUAACUGAAAUACGCCUUGCCAAGCUCUUUUCAUCUAAAGCAAAAGAUGCUUCAAUGAGUGCCCAAUGCCCUGAGGCUAUUGUGUCAAAAGCAGGAGAAGAUCGCGUGAGCAGAAUUGGAGCACACUUGACAGGAACUUCUGGAGCUGCUGCUGAAAAGAUUGGUCAAAUUCCAAUGAGGACCCGGCCACCUAUAACAACCCAUGUAUUGAAUGUUGCUCUUGGAUCUCCAGCUGCUGGUGUUGAGGUACUUUUAGAGAUGUGGAAAGGCAAUGAACACCGUCCCUUGUUUGGAGAGGCAAAUGGAGGAGGUGGUUGGGUAUUCCAAGGUUCUUCAACUACUGAUAAAGAUGGACGAAGUGGCCAAUUGAUGAGCAUAGUUGAUGUUGUUCACCCAGGUACAUACAGGAUAAGUUUCAACACGGUUAAGUACUGCCCAACUGGGUUUUUCCCCUACGUCUCCAUUGUAUUUGAAAUUAGGGAGUCUCAGAAGUGGGAACAUUUUCAUGUUCCCCUGCUGCUUUCACCAUUUUCAUUCACCACUUACCGUGGGAGCUAGAGCUUUGUUGAUGUUGGGUCGACUAAUAAAUCAUGUGUAUUUCUGUUGCAAGUUUCAUCGAGGAAAACAACCGAUAUAUAUACUGGGGUUGUGUUGUAUUAUAUCAUUGUUAUGGGCUGUGUUACUUUUCGUGGAAAAUGAGGUAAACGAUAUGCAUGAAUUAAAUAAAAAGAAUUUCCACUGCUUCUCAA